AUGACAAUCCAGCAAAUGAACCAUAAACUUUUAAAAUCUUUCGAUAGCAUCGGCUCGGUAGAGAAGUAAUAUGAUGCGGCAUUGAUAUAUGGAACGAGUGACAACAGGAUGUAAGAGUAAUUGUAGAAUAAUUACUUCAACUACCCACGCUGGAAGGUUGAUGAGGGCUAGCCCUUUGAUAAUUAGUUAUUUGAGCCAAUUUUUCAAACACAUGACAACCGAGCAGAAAAAUAUCUGAAAAAGAAAGGCUAUUUAGACUAAUUCAUAACUCAUGACGACCAAUCAAAAUCAAGUGGGAAUUCUCAGGCCAAAAAGGCAUCUCAAGGUCAAUCAUCCGGAGAACAGCAGUAUCCUCUUAAGCAGACUAUACAGCAGAAAAUGAAUGAUAAUCAAUUCAACAAACAGCUUAUGUAGAGUUUCUUAGAUCGAAGAGCGAUCUUAAAUUUAAAAAAGAGGCAAACAAUUGCGAACCACCUUAUCGCAGGAUUUAGUACAAAAUCUAUCACUACCCCCAAUUCUCCCAGAGUCCAGCAAGUUAAGCAAAUUAAGCAUUCUGAUAAAUCCAACGGCUCAUAUGGGGGUGCUGAGUUAACAGCCCUCGAUGAGAUCAGAAUAGAUCCGGUCAAUGUGGCUCUUCUUAAUGAGAAAUUAGCAUAGUUCCAAUAAUAGUAAUUACUGUAACAACACCUGUAAUAAAAUCCUCAUUUAAACAUACCACAAACAUACGUUAAUUUGCCCUAAACUGGGGCUAAACAGAAAAUAGUUUUGCCUAAAGGAAUUAUCAAUUUCAGUGCAGCUUAAAGUAGAGGCCAUAGCAGUGGAGGCUCAAAAUCUGCAGAAAGAACUCAUCGUCGACAGGGAUAGAGUCAUGAGCCCAGAGAAGAAAGCCUAAGAAGAAAAAAGAAGGUGAUGUAAAUUAUCAGAAACUUUGAAAAUGACAAUUAAUAAUUAGACCUUCCUCAACAUACCUAAGCUCAGCCUUAAAUUCAGCCUAACCAUAGAGAAUUGAGCUUCUUAUUGAAAUCAAAGAUGAUGAAGCAUUAGGAUGUUGAAAUUCCUCAGAUUGGAGAUACCAAAGGGAAAGUCAUUAUACAUAAGCGUAUCACUAAGACUUUCCUAGGAAAAACACCUGAUCAGUCUCAAGAGAAAAUUAAAAUUUAACAGCCUCUAAGGUAAAGGGAUAAAAUUCCACAACCAUUAACAAGAGGUGAAUCUCCACUAAUGAGCGAUUUGAACUCCUACAUUAUGUUGAAGGAUCAUGAUGUUCCUCCUGGUUAAAUUAAUAGGCCUAUGCACUAGAUCGGACUUAACCCACCUACAAGUGACGAUCUCAUGUAGAAACUCUACAAAUUUUAGCAAUAGCAGUAGAAUCACUCUCUGAAUCCCAGUAAGAGCAGAGAAAGAAAGAGCAACCAUAAUUAGUUGCUUAUAAACCUAUAAAACUUCAAUUUUAAGCAUUCAAACCUCAUCAAUAAUAGUAGCAAUUAAAAUCAGAAAUCGAGAAGACCUAGUAACUCUGAUUAGAUAUGA